AUGACGCCGCGGAGGAGGUCAGAAGCCGGCAAGCCGGAGGCGGCGGUGGCGGCUGCCGCAGCGGCCAGGCGGGAGCUCGAAGGGCGCGGCGCCGGGGCCGUGUCGUCGUCGUCGUCGCUGCCCGCGGCGGUGCGGGGCGCGCUGGAGCUGGCCGAAGCCCGCCGGCGGCUGCUGGAGGCCGAAGGCCGGCGGCAGCUGGUCUCGGAGCUGGAGGGCCGCGUCCAGCAGCUGCACCGCGUCUUCAUCGAGGCCGAGCUGCGCCUGGCCAACCGCGCCGAGAGCCUGGGCCGCCUGGGCAGCGGCGUGGCGCAAUCCGAGCUGCACCUGACGGCGCACGGGCAGCGCCUGAAGAAGACCCUGCGGCGUUACAAGAAAGCGCGGCCGCCGGCCCUGCUGGCUUCGGCGCUGGGGCUGGGCAGCUGCGUGCCCUGGGGCGCUUGCCGCAUGCGCCGCGGCCGAGGGGGCGCCCCGGAGCCGCCAGAGUCGCCCUUCAAGAGGAGCCUCCAGGGCGCAGCGGCUCCACCUACCCAACGGCCUUAG